AUGGAGAUCGAGAAUGCUACGUUUCUCACCUGCAUUGAUACCACUGUGCGUUAUCGCUCAUGUAUUCCCGUGCAGAACCUGAAGACUGACCCUGUAUUUGAAGCAUUGGAUAAGAUAUUCCGCCGCUACAACAAGGCAGGCUUUCAAGUCAAGAUCAUCAAGUGUGAUCGGGCGUUCAUUCCUCUCACGGAUGAUAUGCUAGACGAUAUGGGUGUUACUAUUGACCCGACUGCAGCUGGAGACCACGAGCCUACCGCUGAGCGAAACAAUAGGACGCUGAAAGAAAGAGUCAGAGUAGCUCUUGCACGAUUACCCUACAAAGUGGUCCCAAAAGUGAUCACUGAAUGUCUUGGACGUCGAGCCGCCGAGCUAUUGAAUGUCUUUCCCCAGAAAGACAGUAUCUCAUCACAUUUCAGUCCGCAGCAACUCAUUGAUAAUGUCAAUAUCAACUACAAGAGUGACAUGGUUGCUGAACUUGGACAAUAUAUUCAUGCAAUUGGGACGGAUUCCAACAAUUCGAUGGAACCCUGA